AUGCCUGAACUCGCAGAGGUUGCGCGCAUCGUUCAUUUUCUUCGGCAACAUCUGGUCGGCAAGACACUCUCCAAAGUACAAGCUCAGCACGAUGAUGUUAUAUACGGCAAAGUGGGCACCAGUGCGGCCGAAUUCCAAAAGGCCAUGCAAGGCAAAAAGGUCAUAGGUGCUGGCCAGCAAGGGAAAUACUUUUGGAUCACAAUGUCUUCUCCACCGCAUGCUGUGAUGCAUUUCGGCAUGGCUGGUUGGCUGAAGAUCAAGGAUACCGAUACCUAUUACUAUCGCUCAGACAAGCCCGCGGACCAAGAAUGGCCGCCAAAAUACUGGAAGUUUCUACUUGAGACAAGUGAUGAACCAAAAUCCGAGGCGGCGUUUGUCGAUGCACGCAGGCUGGGUCGGAUCCGUCUCGUUGAAUGCCCUGCCGAUGAGAUUCGAAACCAUACUCCGCUCAAGGAGAAUGGACCAGAUCCCGUGGCGGAUAAGGACAUAGUGACAGCGGCUUGGCUGGGAGAGAAGUUGAAGAGCAAGAAAGUACCCAUCAAGGCUCUCUUGCUGGACCAAGCCAAUAUCAGCGGGAUUGGAAACUGGAUGGGUGAUGAAAUUCUCUAUCAUGCAAAAAUCCAUCCGGAGCAAUACAGCAAUACUUUGUCCAACGACCAAGUCAAGGAGCUCAACACUGCCAUGCACUAUGUUUGCUCUACUGCGAUCGACGUCCUUGCCGACUCGGAGAAAUUUCCUGAGCAUUGGCUCUUCAAGCAUCGAUGGAGCAAGGGCAAGAAGAACCAGUCUUCGACUCUUCCGAAUGGUGACAAGAUUACCUUCCUUACUGUUGGCGGCCGCACCAGCGCAGUAGUCCCGGCAGUCCAGAAGAAGACAGGUGCUGUUUCAAAAGAUGUCAAUGAGCAACCUGCCAAUGGCACCGCAGCCAACUCCAAACGGAAGCGGGGCGUGAAAAUGGAAGAGGACUCAGAGUUCGACGAGAAGCCCGAUGUUAAGAGUCGCGGAUCAAAGAAGGCGAGCGCAUCUGCCGUGAAGGAGGAUGAAGAGGACGAGGAGAAACCUAGUGUUGGACGGCGCCGGUCGACGCGCUCGCGGAAGUAA